AUGGUUUCCUCCCUCAUUGAUCCGGUGACUAGAUGGUGGAAAGCUGAAACGAUCCGAGCCCUUUUCUUUCCUUUUGAGGCUAAUGUAAUUUUGAAAAUUCCUCUAUGUCACAAUUUACUGGAGGACAAACUCAUUUGGAUGGGUAACAAAAGGGGUGAUUUUACAGUCAAGAGUGCCUACUUCAUUGCUUCUAAAAUCCUAAACACAAUGGAAGAUGGAGAAUGCUCUUCCGGUGACCCAAUGGCUCGAAUUUGGAAGAAAGUUUGGUCUCUGAAACUCCCAACAAAGAUUAAGAUCUUCUCUUGGCAUGCUUGUGUUAAUGGCCUUCCUGUGCUAUCCAAGUUGGCUGAAAAAGGUAUUCAAACGUCUUGCAUCUGCCCAAUUUGUGAUGAGGAGCCUGAAAGCCUUACCCAUGCCUUAAUCUCUUGUGACUUAGCUCUCUUGAUUUGGUCACUCUGGCAAGAUUGUCCAAUUGAGAAGUUGCUGAAUGUGAAAGAUUUCAGUGAUCUUGUGCUCCACAUCUGCUCUCCAUUGCUAGACAAGCACCUGGAUUUUUUCUUUGCCAUUGCCUGGUCGAUUUGGCACAACAGGAAUAAGAUCAUCCAUAAUGAAAGUGGUCUGCCCCCUGGUCUGAUCUGGGAUUUUGCUAAGAACAUCGUCGAGGAGUUUGAAGAAGCUUCCACAUGGGAUUAUACACCUUUGUUGUCUCCUCUUCACAGCUGGGCUACUCCUCCAUUGGGCUUUGCUAAAGUUAAUGUGGAUGGAGCUUGUUCCAUUGAUGGCAGCGGCAUCUCAGGUGUUGGAGUGAUCAUCCGGGAUGAAUCUGGUGGGGUUAUUGCUGCUCUUAGUAAGGCUCUGCCUUCGCAUUUCCCAGCUGAGUGGACCGAGUUUAUUGCUUUGGAACAGGGAAUUCUUUUGGCUCAAGAGCUGAACCUUACUCAUGUUAUUUUUGAAUCGAAUGCUUCCUCAGUCAUCUCAGCUGUCUCUCAAGGGAAGAAUGGUGGCUCAAUGGGUCACUUUGUUCAAAGCAUCCGGUCUGCAAGUUCUUAUUUUUUCUGCUGCUUAUUCUAA